CUUACUUCUAUAUCUUCUCUGCCUCUUUAAAGCCCUUUUCAACUUGUCCUCCCUUGUGUUAUAUCCUGCGAACCUCGCCUCACUAAGAAUCACCCAUUAAAUCUACUCAUGGCAGACCAGCCCGGCGCAAGACUUUGGCCCGUGAUCGUCGAUCACCGCGCGCAAUCCGCGCCGACUGAGCUCGUCGGUCUCAUCCCCAAAGGCUCCGACGUGGCCGCUGGCUACGAGGAGUUGACCUUCGCCGGCCUCGCCCGUGCGGUUGAUGCCUGCGCUCGCUGGAUCGAGGCACGCAUCGGCCGUGCCAAGCAGCCGGAAACCAUUGCGUACAUGGCCAGUAACGAUGUGCGGUACUUGGUCUUCCUACUGGCCUCGCACAAGACCGGCUAUCAGCCUCUGCUACCCUCCACGCGACUCUCGGACGAAGCCUACAAACACAUCCUCACCGCCACCAAGUGCCAAAAAUUCUUCUACACGCCAGACAAGCAGCGACGCGUCUCCGAGAUCCAAACCGUGCAACCAGACACUAAGCUGUUCGAAGUCCCAUCUCUAGUCGAGUUCCUCGAGACCGACAGCUCCCCCUACCCGUUUGAGAAGACCUUCAAAGAAGCGGAGGAUGAGGUCGCUAUCAUCAUCCACAGCUCCGGAACGACAGGCAUGCCGAAGCCGGUCCCUCUCACGCACGGCUUCCUCGCGACGUUGGACAUAGGAGCGUAUAUCUCGCGGCCCGAGGGCCGUCGAUCUGCGCUGUUCAACGACCUACAGCCCGGCCAGCUGGUGCUGUCGACGACGCCGCUGUUCCAUUUGAUGGGUUUGAUCGCGUUCUGUGAGGCGCUAUUCCACGAGACCCCGUUCGUGAUGUGUCCGGACAAGCCAUUGUCCGUGGACACGAUCGUCGAUGUGAUCCACGCCACUCACCCGACGGCCGCCCUAUUUCCGCCGUCCAUCCUCGAAGAGAUCAGCCACUCGCCCUCGGCCCGCGCAGCCCUCAAGACGCUCGAAGCCGUCUACUUCGCGGGCGCACCGCUGGCCCCCGAGGUCGGCGACGCCUUGGAGGCGGACACCAAGGUCAUCACGCUGAUCGGAUCGAGCGAGAUGGGGGUCAUCAGCUCGUUUGUGCCGCAGGGCGAGAAGGUCUGGGGGUAUUUCGAGUGGAACCCGGCGUACGGGGUGGAGAUGCAGCCGCAGGGUGACGGGUUGUACGAGCUGGUGAUCCCACGGCGCGGCGACAGUCGACGCAUCCACGGCAUCUUCCACACGUUCCCACAUCUCAACAAAUACCACACCAACGACCUCUUCGCGCGCCACCCCGAGCGGCCCAACCUGUGGAAGUACCACGGCCGCAAGGACGACGUGCUGGUGCUGAGCAACGGCGAGAAGCUGAACCCCGUGACGCUGGAGAAGACGGUCGAGGGCCAUCCGCGCGUCAAGCACGCGCUGGUGGUCGGACAGGGCCGUUUUGAGACCGCGCUGCUGGUCGAGCCGAACGCGGCCGUGGCCGACGAGACGGAGUUCGUGGACGCUAUCUGGCCGACGGUCGAGCGCGCCAACGAGACAGUUCCCAAGUACGGGCGGGUGUCGCGAAACAAGAUCCGGCUUGCGUCGCCGGCGAAGCCGUUCACGGUCACGCCCAAGGGCACGACGCAGCGCCGCGCCGUCAAUAGCGACUACAAGGACGAGAUCGACGCCAUCUACGCCGCGGCAGCGGCCGAGGAGGCCGCCAGCGUGCCCCAGCUGCCCGCAACGUUGGACCUGGAGCACCUCCGCGACUACGUGCGCCGGCUGCUGGCGGACCUGCUCGCGCGGUCCGACCUCAAGGACGACGAGGACCUGUACGGCGCCGGCUUGGACUCGCUGCAGACGAUUCAUCUGGCGCGGACGCUGCAGAGCGCCGUCGCCACCCUCAGGGGGUCAGUGUCCGUCAACCAGCAGCAGAUCUACGCGCACCCGACCGUCGCGCAACUGGCGCAGUACCUGGUCGACCUCAUCCACGGCCAGACGAGCACGACCAGCAUCUCGCGGCCCGAACGCAUCGCCAAUAUGAUCACCAAAUACACCUCGCAACUCCCCGCCUACCGCCCACUUCCCGCGCACCUCCCGGCCAAAUCAACCGUGAUCCUCACCGGCUCGACCGGGUCCCUGGGAACCUACCUCCUGCACCGACUACUCACAAACCAAUCGAUCGCAAAAGUCUACUGCUUCAACCGCAGCGACAGCGCCGCAAGCCGACAACACGAAAGCUUCACAAGCAAGGGCCUAGACGCGGCCCUGCUAACCGACCCCAAUCGCGUGGAAUUCCUAACCGUAUCCUUUGGGGCACCGCACUUCGGCCUCGCCGACACCGUCUACACAACCCUACAAGAAAGCGUAGACUUGAUCGUCCACAACGCCUGGAAAGUCAACUUCAACCACCCGCUGGAGUCAUUCGAGGACCCGCAUCUACGCGGCGUGCUCGAGUUCCUCCGGUUCAGCAGCACAAGCACCUACCGCGCGCAUCUGGCGUUCGUGUCGUCCGUCAGCACGAUCGGGAACUGGACGCCUGAGAUGGGCGCCGUGGUGCCCGAGACGCCGGUUGAGGAUGUCGCGGCUGUGCUGGAGCAGGGGUACGGCGAGUCGAAGCAUGUGAGUGAGAGGUUGUGUGUGGCUGCGGCGCGGGUGUCGGGCGUGCCGACGACGGUGCUCCGCGUUGGGCAGAUCGGGGGCCCGACGACGGUGCUGGGUAAGUGGAAUGUUGAUGAAUGGGUGCCGAAUCUGGUGAAGACGAGUGUGGCGAUGGGGAAGGUGCCCGCGGAUUUGGGCGGGUAUAAGGUUGAUUGGGUGCCUGUUGACACCCUCGCGACCAUCACCGUCGAACUCACGCAGACACGCCGCCGCGAACAAACCCACGACCUGCACGCCGUGUAUCACCUCGUCAACCCGCACAAGACCGCCUGGGAGGAGCUGGUGCCUGCGCUCCAGGAGAAGUAUCCGCACGUGCAGACGGUCGCGUUCGAGACCUGGCUGCGCGAGCUGGAGGCGGUGCGCUCGCCGAGCGAGGAGGAGGUGCGCGCGAAACCGGCGCUGAAGCUGCUGGACUUCUACCGCGGGCUGAGUGGCAGCGUACUCUCGGCGGAGAUUGCGGUGGAGAUGACGAGGCAGGGGAGCGAGACCAUGGCGAGGUUGGGGGGUGUGACGGCGCAGUUGAUGCGCAAUUGGUUGGAUCAGUGGGCGUUUUGAAUUGCCCUUGCCUUGCCUUGCCUGGGGGGAAUGCGCAAGGGAGGGGGUGCCUUUGUCUAACACAUGCAUGCCUGGGAAGGAGGGAGAGAUUGAUUUGCGGGUAUAUUUAGCAUUAGAGCACAGCUUGCAUAUAGAGUAUUUGGGUG